AUGGCUUAUCCCUCACAACUAGGUUUUCAAGACGCAGCAUCACCUGUAAUAGAAGAACUACUUCACUUCCACGAUCAUGCAUUAAUAAUUGUAUUCCUGAUUAGCACUUUAGUGCUUUAUAUUAUUGUAGCUAUAGUCACUACAAAACUAACAAACAAAUUCUUAUUAGACUCACAAGAAAUUGAAAUCAUCUGGACUAUUCUUCCCGCAAUUAUUCUGAUCCUAAUCGCACUCCCAUCUUUACGAAUUUUAUACCUGAUAGAUGAAGUAAACGACCCUCACCUCACAAUCAAAGCAGUUGGACAUCAAUGAUACUGAAGUUAUGAGUACACUGAUUAUGAAGACCUAGCCUUUGACUCAUACAUAAUCCCAACCCAAGACCUAGUACCAGGCCAAUUCCGAUUAUUAGAAGCAGAUCAUCGUAUAGUAAUCCCAGUUGAAUCACCAAUUCGAGUAUUAGUAUCUGCAGAAGACGUACUUCACUCAUGAGCAGUACCUUCCCUAGGAGUUAAAAUAGAUGCGGUGCCAGGACGAUUAAACCAAACAGCUUUUAUCACAUCACGACCAGGAGUGUUUUAUGGACAAUGUUCAGAAAUCUGUGGUGCUAACCACAGCUUUAUACCUAUUGUAGUAGAAGCAGUACCCUUAGAACAAUUUGAAAACUGAUCAUCACUUAUACUUGAAGACGCCU